AUGUGUGAACCAGAAGAAAUGAAAGCUCAGUGCGCCGUGUUUGACGCUGCAGAUGUGGCGGUGAACGGCGGCGGCGGGGGCGGAACGAGCUGCGCCAUGUUCGCGAGCGGCGGCUCUGCAUCCGGGGGCGGCAGCACGUCGGGCAGCGGCAGCGCCGCCAGCAGUGGGGGCGGAGGGGGCGUCUUCGACAGCGGCGUGGCGUCGUUCGCGCAGGCGGCGGCGGCGGCAGCGGCGGCGGCGGCCCACCAGCACCAGCACCAGCAGAAUGAGGAUCACUUCAGGGGCGCGCACGCGCUGGUGGGCGGCGGGGGCGGCUGGGCGGCGCCGGUGUCGGCGGACGGCUACAUGGCGCCGUCGCAGCACCACGGGCACGCCUUCUACCCGCAGGGCCCCGCCGUCGUCAUGUCGUCGUGGCGCGCCUACGACGGCGCCGCCUCCUUCCAGCGCGCCUCGCCCUACGACAGCGCGAUGGAGUUCCACUUCGGCGAGGGCCGCGAGUGCGUCAACUGCGGCGCCAUCUCGACUCCGCUGUGGCGGCGCGACGGCACGGGCCACUACCUGUGCAACGCGUGCGGCCUCUACCACAAGAUGAACGGCAUGAACCGGCCGCUGGUGAAGCCCUCCAAGCGCCUGACGGCGACGCGGCGCCUGGGCCUGUGCUGCACCAACUGCGGCACGCGCACCACCACGCUGUGGCGGCGCAACAACGACGGCGAGCCGGUGUGCAACGCAUGCGGCCUCUACUUCAAGCUGCACGGCGUCAACCGGCCGCUCGCCAUGCGCAAGGACGGCAUCCAGACGCGCAAGCGCAAGCCCAAGAAGCCCGCCUCCGCCGGCGCCGCCGCAGCCGCAGCCACCGCCUCCGCCGGCGCCACCCCCAGCGCCGGCUCCACCCCCGCGUCGACCACCUCCGCCUCCGCCGCUGCCGCGACCGCCUCCUCGCCGCAGCAGCCAGUUUCCUCUUCGGGCGGGGAAUCGCCUGUAUCAGACAAGAAGAGCCCAUCUGGAGACCACCGCAGCCAUCACCUGCAGCAACAGCAGAAACAAGAAGAGCGGCAGCAGCAGCAGCAGUACCUGGCGCAGACGAUGAUCCCAGCUUGCGUCGUCAAGACGGAGCCUCCAGAAAGCGGAAGGCAGCUCCACUCGUACCACCAAGGCCACCAGCAGCAGCACGUGGCGCACCAGUCGCACCACCAGCUGGCCCACCACCAGGCUGCUCAGCACCACCACCAACAGCAGCAUCACCAGCACCAUCACCACCAUCAACAGCAGCAGCAACAACACCAGCACCAGCAACACCAGCACCAGACCUUCCCAUUCGCGCCUCCAGCUGGGGACGUCAGUGCUUACAUCAUGGGUCACCACCACCAUCACCACAUGGCAGCCACCAAGUUAAUGGCAACUACUUAAAUCCGUGUGUUUUGAGUCCCCUGUGUUGGCUCGAGAUGUUGUGCGCGUCCUGGGCGUGUAAGCAUUUAGUUUUCGCUAGCGUCCACCUCUUAAAUGCGUUCAGUAACAUCGCUUAUCCAUGUUGCACCAUUAUACAUAGAAU